ACAGUGCACAAGGCUCAGGCGGCCGCGGCGCAGGGCGCUAGUGGGCUGCGCGCUGCAGCCGCCUGCCCACCAAAGCCGGUAGAGGCCAUGUGCACGAGCCCCUCGCAGCGGGGCUGCGCGGGUGGGCGCGUGCAGCCGCCGCUGCAGGCGACUGCGGACUUGGCUGCCACUGCAAGCCAGGGAGCGGCUGCAAAAUCUGUCGGCUCGUUCACGGCCACCGCACACUAG